AAGCCACCACACAACGAAAGAAAAAGAGCUUGAAUCUACUAUCCCCUCUCCAAUCAGCACAGGGUCUCCACAAACUCGAGAAACAAUGCAUUCCUUCCUCCCGCUCAUCCUCUCCGCCCUCGCCGCCGGCGUAGCAGGCCAAGUAACCCUCACCCCAACCACAAUCUGCCGCGGAGCAAGCUGCACGACAGCAUGCCCGACACCAGAAGACGGCGGCGGCAACGGCGGGGGCGCGGCGCGGACGGUCACGGUGACGACGACGGAGACCGUCACCAAGACGACGGGGUCGGCGUGUGGCGGCGGCAACUGCCCGACCCUCACGUCAACGGGCACCGUGUGCAAGACGUGCCUCGUGCCGCAGUGCACGACCACCCAGGUCGUCAACAAGCCGGCUGGGUGCAACAACCUGGCGACUGUGUCGACGAGCUUUGGAUGCAAUGAUGCCGAUGUUUGUAAUAAGAUUGGCUGCAGGACUGUGUAUGCUAUCCAGUCUUCCUGAGUGGGUGGGUGAUGUGCUUUGGGAGGGGGGGGAGGGAGGCCGGGUUUGGGUUUCUGGAAGGGAUUU